CGUGUGUAAGUAUUGUAUCGUGUGCACGCUGAGACAAAAUAAAUAAUACGAAAAAAGAUAAACGACGAAAAAUGUGCAAUGAACAAAAAAUAUUUAUUCAUAAGCCAAUCAAAUCAUCACUGCGAUCAAUUUUCGAAUCGAACCGUAAGACGGUAGAUCACCGGAGUUAUAUUUUAAUUUUUGUUUUUGUUUUUGUGGUUUCGGUUUCUGGUUGUUGUGUGUUUUUUUUCUCUCUCCCAGCAAAGCCAGUGAACAGUGAGAAUGCAAGACAUUAAAACACAUGUUGCGAUGACGAGUGAGACACUAAGGCAUCGUAAAAUUCUACAGACAAUCGCAAUCAUCGAAAAUGAUUACAAAGUGUUUUUGUCGUCUUUCGACGAAGAAGAAAUUUUUUUUUAUAUGAAUAAAUGAGUAAAAUAUUCGACAAAAUAGGCAGGAACUCGAUAUAUAGAGAUUGCUAAUCGUUAACCAGAGACAUAAAAACAAAUGAACAAAACACACAUCAACAUAUACACAUAUACAGCAAAAGAAUAAGAAGAAGAAAAAACAUACACACACAAUAUAUGUAUAGACAAAGCAGCGAAGAGAAGAAAAGAGAGAAAAAAAAUAAAAAUUAAACAAAACAAACAAUAAUUGCGUAUUUCGGCAACGAGUCACAUCUUUCCAUUUGCACAUACACGAUAUAUAAAUCAUUCAAGUCAGUUGAUCGGGUUUCAUUUUUCUCCGAUUUUUUUCUCAUCAGCAUUCGUUUCAAGGAAUAAAUUAUUUAAAACAACGGAAACUAAAUAAACGGUGUCGCCAAUUAACUACUCGCGUGUAUCGAUUAACAAACUUUUACACUAUAAAUAUACAACAUAGAAAAUACAAUACUUUGAAAAGAAAACAUAAACAUAGCUUGGCGGGCGCGCGCGCGAUACAAAUUUGAUUUAUUAUUAUAAUUAUUUGUUCGCUCUUCGUUUUCAUCCUCCAUAAAAACGAACGAGCUAAUCAUUCGGCACGAGCAAAUCACGUACAACCAAUUCAAGCGAUAAUAUAAAGAACGAUAGAACAAUUUCGUAAAAAGAAAAGUCACAAUCUCUCAAUUCUCGUUAUCUAUUUCUCUCGCACUUUCCAAGUUUGAAUGAAGAAGAAGAAGAAAAAACAACAAAUCAAAAAAUUAAACUAACAAAAGAGUAUUUAAACGAAGUCCGACUCAUGUUCCAUAUAUUCUCAUUAAACAAAGUAAUAUAUUGUUCGUCAUUUUGCAUCAUUCACGCAAUGCUUAUAAUUCAAUUAAAUUAAUUUGAAUGAACAAUACUCGUGCCUCUCGACGACGAUCACAUUUUGUUUGCAUUCCAUUUUCGGUCAACUAGUUUGAUUGCAAUCGAUAUUCAGUUGCAUCAUCAGCCACAUGCAAUGAUGAAAAUUCAAUUUUUCAAGAAAAAAUGGCUGACCGAUUUUCGGCAGGUAAUUUAUACAGGAUGAGUCACAUGAAAAUCGAAGCAGAUGCGGUACCACCAAAUGUAGUUAUCAAAACUGAAGACGAGGAUGAGGAUAUGGAUGAUCAAAUGACAGAUAGUCCACCAGAUUUGCAUGUUGAAGAGCCAAUUGAACCCGAACCGGAAAGAUCAGUGGCUGAACCAGUGCAAGCAUCAACGUCACGUAAAUCAAUGCAAGAAUCAAAUCGUGAUGAAGAUCGAAAUGAAUUUCGAAGCGUUGCACCAGAACAAAACGUUCGCCAAAAAGAUGCUGAUGAAGUUCAAAGCGAACGAGAUUCAAAAGAUGCACGUAAUAAAAAGCAUGAACGUCAUAGUAUUCAGAAAAAAACGGAUGAAACUGAUGCACCUCAGUCCAGUACAAGUGCAAUUGGUGGACGGAUAAAAGAUCGUCGAAAGACGAUGGUUUCACUAGAACGUCCAAGUACACCGACUGUGAUAACAGCAGUUCGAAAGCGUCGUUUGUCCGUUGUGGAAAGUCGUUCAUCGGAAAAUGUUGAUAAAAAUCGAAAUCAAUCACAAAAAGUUGAUGACAUUGAAGCGAACAGAGCAAAGAAAAUGAAAAUAUCCGACGGUAUAAAAGAGAAAUCAUUAACAACGACAACUGUAGCCGAAACACCGGUCAAACCAAAAAGUUCGAUUAAUCAAUUGACAUCGACACCCAUCGCAUCAUCAUCAUUAUCAUCAUCCAAUAAAUCAAUCCAAAGCAAGUUAUUGCAUCGUGAUAAAAAAGUGAAAUCAACGGCAACGCCGCCAAUCACACAGUUCUUUCAGAAUACACAAAAGUCACCCGUAUUCAGAUGCGAAACCUGUGUGGUGAUACUCAAGAGCCAAAACGAAGUGAAUUUUCAUUCGAGAACACAUAAAAAAGGACGAUGCAUAAAAUGUAAAAAAACCAUUGACAACAAUUGCAUCGGCAGUAUACAUAAGCACAUGAUUUCCUGUUUAUAUUUGGGCAAUAAAUUGCCCAAAGAACGUCUUGCAAGAUUUCUCAAAUGUAAAUUAGGCAUUACACGAUUAACAGCGGAAAAAAUCGAAAAAAUUCAAAAGGAAUUAAGCUCAACAAGGAAACGUACGUCCAAAAAACCAGCACCAAAAUCUAAACAACGCGAAACACACGAAAAAGAUGCUAAAACCAAAGGUACUAGUCAAACGGAUGAAAAAUCGAUGGAAAAAAAUUCACUUUCGAUGGAUACCACAAAGAUUGAUGCCGAAAAGAGAAUGGAUACAUCAAUAAAAUCCGUAAAUGACCAAGUGAAUGAUGAUAAAAAUGGGAAAAAAUCGAAAAGCAAAAAGACGCCCAGCAAAGCAAAAACUGCUGAAAAAGAAACCAACGAAGAAUUUGUUAUUUUGGGCAAUCAAUCGGCUGCACUCAAUUGGAUUGAUGAACAAAUGAAAGAUAAACCAUUUGUACUUCGAAAUUUUGAAACGGAAAAACCAACGUAUAUAAGUAUAAAUAAAAAUGAUCAACCGGCUAUGAAUAAAGCGACGAAAGAAAAAAUUGCUUAUUUUAUCGAAUCAAUUAAAGUACGUAAAGAUCAAUUGUGCACACCCCAAAAAUCACGUCCCAUGAAUUUGUUAACGUCUUCGGUACGUGGAAAUAAUCGAAAUUCACCAAAUGUACCAACAAAUGUUCCAAUUCAAUCGCAACUUCCAUCAUCAUUAACAAAAUCACCAAGUAAUGUGCAUGCACCACAAAUCAAUCAUGCACAAGCUUUGAGCGGACCCAGUCGAAUUACACCACCAUCGCCAAAUAUAGCAAUAGCACAAACUGCAUCGACGCCAAAUGCAAUCUCAUCAUCAAAUACAGUAAAUGCGAAUACACAAAAUCCAUCAAAUACGCCCACAUUGCCACAGUUACUUACAAUACCGACUCGUGUGCCAGCACCGAGAUCACGUGCCCUUUCAGUGCAUAUGUCGCAAGCAGAACAUUCGUCAAAUGCUCGUCUUCCGUCACGCCGUCAAUCAGUUUGUGAUAAACAAACGGGUUUAAAAUCGAAUCCACCGUCUCGAAACGCACAAUGUCCACCCAGAGAAUCGUACCAACAACAGCAACGUGCAACACCACCACAGUUACAUCUACCGUAUAUAACUCAUAUACAUAAUACUGAUUUUCUGCAAAAUCCAGUGAAUCGUGCAUCAGAAGCACCACUCGAACGAACCGAAAAAGAAAUCCGAACACCACAAUCCACACUGAAGAUACUCACUCCCGAUGACCUCAAUUCGCGUGCCAUGCAUGUUUCACAAAUCGUUCCAGUUACUCAAAAUCCACGCAUUGAUAGUCCAAAUUCAACUGAAAAUAAUACAAAUGCAAACAAUAGUAAUGACAUUAAGCGGGUGCCAUCAACAAAGCGUCCACGAACAAAAACAACACCAUUGCGUUCACAAUCACAAGCACCACCACCACUACCAACGAUUAGCGAUGGUGCCGAUAUUUCACUUUCAGUAUCUCUAUCAAAGGUGGGAAAUAUGGCUGAAUUGCUUAUAACACUAAAUGAAGUUCGAUUGGAUUAUGAUUUUUUGAGCACCAAACGACAAAAUGAGAUUAAAUCGUCAUUGCUUAAAGGUAAUAUGUGGCGAAAAAUGUUGGACCUUCUUAAAACAAUCACACCAACGCAUGAAGCCGUGCAUUUGUUUCAGAAAAUUUUACCAGAAUCAAAAUUCGAUAUAUUUAUAAACGAACUGAAACAGGUUUACGGUAGUCGGUUCUUUAAAAUUUAAAUUAGAUAGGUUACGAACAGAUUAAACGAAGAAAAAAUAUAUAUAAUAAAACAUAACAAGAACAAAUCAAUCACUCUUCAAACGUCGUGCUAAAGUGUUGUACCAUGAUAUAAUUCAUACACAAUAAAAAAAUAUUUAAGCCAUACGAUGAAACAAA